AUUGUACACAAUAAGAAGCAACGUUAAAGCCGCAAUCUAGUCUCACGGAAGACCUCAGUGGUCCUUCAUCAUGGCAGAUAAUCAGCGUGAGACUGCUACAUCACAUCCUCCGACGCCUGGUACUGACAGGAAAGAGCAAGAUACAUCCCGUGGAGAAGGCCGCAGACGAAGCCGAUCGCCGCCUCGCAGAGACCGUGAUAGACGAGAGGAUCGACCUCGGCGCAAAGACACAGGAUUUAAAUGGAAAGAAAAGCGCCGCGACGAUGGUGAUGAUGGCCGACGAGACCGCGAUUCAGGCUUACAACGGGGUUACCGAGACCAUUACCGCCCUCGGUCCAGAUCCAGAUCCAGAUCACCGCCCCCUCGACGGUCAUCGCCUAGGAGGGAAGAUCGAGAUCGUUACCGAGAUAGCGACCACAAAGAGCGUUUAGGCGAGGAUAGGGACAAGAAGGAAAAGAAGGAGAGGAGAGAAAAGAAGGAGAAGAAACCUGCACCUGCGGCACCUACACAGCCUAUGAUCAUAGUCUAUGUGAACGAUCGGCUGGGAACCAAGAAAGCAAUACCAUGCUAUCCAACAGAUCCAAUAAAGGACUUCAAAGUCAUUGUCGCAUCGAUGAUCGGACGACAGCCGCAUGAGAUUCUCCUCAAAAGACAAGGCGAACGACCCUUCAAAGACCAAUUGACGCUACAAGACUAUGGAGUCAGUAACAAUGUGCAAUUGGAUCUGGAAGUUGAUACGGGCGACUGAGGGACUACAAGGAGCAAUUGGCAGAAGUCUGGUUGUUAGCAAGUGUGCUGAAUGUGUGUUGAGCUACAUGAUAGUAUUUUGUUCAGUAUGCACCACACAGUGUUACGUGAGGCAGUCUCGUUUAUCGUCUACCUUGGGAAUAUUCGAUUGAGACAUGGCGCGGGUAAUCGUAUCUAGUCAAUGGGAACACAAGGCUGUGAAUCGCAGUGACGCAAUUUCAUCGUUCACGUACCUGACAGCCUUGGUGUCCCAAAGUAGAAAGUGGGGCGAGACAAAAAGUUC